CGUACAGCGUCGUCUCUCGGCAUCAUGACCUUGCAAUACUUCCAUAUCAUCUCACCGUUCGAUGCCGUCUCCCUUCAAUUUGAGUGUCAAGAACUGGCUUUCGGACUUAGGACUUAUCGCCCGCUCGCAACAUCUCGACCACUUGGCAAACGGGUUUUAUGCAAACCUUGCAGGAAAGCUUGAGUUACAGUUUGGCCAUCGAUGGUCUAUGCUCGUAGAGGCGUGGAAAGCAUCCAUCUACCACUCCGCAGCCUUCCCAAUUUAUCUCUCAUUGCGCUCUUAUGCACGAGCGGACACGGCCAUCGGGCAGCUCACCUACGCCGUGCACCCAUCGCCACCAAGUUUGCAACCCUGAUCUAGUUCAUAUGGCAAGUUUCACCGCACGGCUUGUAUAUAGUGCUACUUGAUCGCAGACUUCUCGGUGCGGACUCUCGUAUCUCCUCUCCUCCAGUUAAAAUACUACCAGUAGCCAUGCCACAACAAAAAGGGACAAUUCUCCUCACUGGCGCCAGCGGCGGGUUGAGUCGUGGCUUCAUACAGCAACUCUUCAACUCUACCCACUGCAAGCAAUCAUUCGGCCUCUACACGACUCGCGACCCCUCAUCCUGCCCAGAUCUAGUCCAACUGCUGGACUCUGCUCCAGCUGCACACCAGUACGCGCUCGAACAGUUGGAUUUAUCCUCGCUCGAUAACGUCCGCAAAUUCGCCGAAUCUGUCAAGUCGCGCGUCGCUUCGGGCGCUUUGCCUCCAAUCCGCGCCAUCCUCAUCAAUGCAACCGUAUGGCAGGCAACUGGACAGAAAUUCUCCGUCGAUGGUUUCGAGAUGAACUUCGGCGCAAACUACCUGGCUCAUUUCCUUCUCGUUCUACUACUCCUGGGUUCAAUGGACAAAGAUUCUGGACGCAUGGUUGUGACUUCGAGCGCCGCUCAUGAUCCCUACAGUGCGUAUGGCAAGAGUUAUGUGUCCAAAGAGGACCAUAAGACUGUGUUCAGGAAUACCGAGAUCCUUGCGCACCCAGAGCCAGAUACGCCGGGCGAUGAGGCGACUGCGGGCGUGAGGCGCUAUUCGAUGAGUAAGAUGCUAUUGGUCAUGUUGAUGUACGAACUGCAGCGACGACUUGAUCAAGAUCCCAAGCUCUCUGGCAUCUCAAUCUUAGCUCUCGAUCCGGGAACAAUGGGCGGCACAGGCCUUGUGCGAAGCGGAAGCCUCUUGAUUCGAGUGAUGAUGAACUACCUCGUGCCGCCCAUCACUCAGGUCGUCAAUUGGUUCAGUCCGAAUGGAAUGCUUCGCUCGCCGUACAAAUCUGGAGGCGAUCUUCUUCGUGCGGCUUUCGACGAGGCGGAGAUUGGAAGACAUCCGAAAGCGCUGUAUCUGGAUGGCUCUGCUGUCAGCCAGCCUGCUGAUAAAGCGAGAGAUGAAGAGAAACAGAGGCGAUUGUGGGAAGGGAGUGUGAGAUUGGCGGGAUUGAAGGAGGAGGAGAUAGCUUUGAGUGCUCUUAGUUGAGCUCUUCUGGUUCUCCAAUUUGCUUCGGCGCUUAUGCGGCGAGCGACACUGACUGUCUCCAGUCCUUUGGGAUAUAAGCUAGGAACUGGCCACCCAACUUCCCGCCUUGCAAGCUUAAUUGCGAUUGCCAUUCUUCGCUCAAGUACAUGCAUGAGGCAAGGACGGCGGUUGCCAGCCCUGGACAGAUCGUUCAAACUCCUAACACAGCAACACGAUUGUCAUGUUGAACAACAAAUCUUUCACUCGCGCA